AUGUAUUAACAUUAAGACAAUAAUUGCUUUCCUCCACCUGGAGGACUUCAUAAGGGAUUAAUUAUACCUUUAGUUUGCAGUUGUCCUUCUGAGUGUCAAUGUAGAGCAAUAUCGAUUAAAAAGUGGUAUCAUAGUUGCAAGAACCCUGCUUUCAUUACUCAAUAUGGUGAUAUAAUCUGUAAAAAUCACUUAAAGACUUGUAAAGGAUUUUUUCUUCAAGAUGCUCGAUUCAGAUGCAGAGAAGCAAAUCAGGUUACUUAUUAUUCUAAAAACACCAAGUCAUAAUUUAUAAUGGCAAUAGCAUAGGGUUUGUAAUUCUAAUAAUUAUAAUUGAGUGAUCAUGAUCUUAUUGAGUUUUCAACUUCAUUAAAUAUGAGUGUUUUUAAGAGAUGGAAUAACUGA